CCACCACCAGAAAUUUUGUCGACGGAAGCUCCGUUGAGCUUCAUUUACUACCUGCUUUGCGACUUGCUUGUUAACCAAACAUCACGCACCAUACGCAACUCAAUUGAACCCGCGCCAUGGCCUCCCGCGUGCUUAGAAUAGGUCUCAUCCCCGGUGACGGUAUCGGUCGCGAAGUCAUCCCCGCCGGCCGUCGGAUCCUCGAGGCCCUCCCAUCGUCGCUUGGGCUGAAAUUCGAGUUUUCUGACCUAUACGCCGGAUUCGAGACAUUCGAGAAGACGGGCGUCGCUCUACCCGACCGCACCGUCGAUGUCCUGCGCAAUGAGUGCGACGGCGCGCUCUUCGGCGCCGUGUCUUCGCCUACCAAGGCCGUGAAAGGCUACUCCUCACCUAUCGUCGCUCUGCGCAAGAAGCUCGACCUUUAUGCAAAUGUGCGCCCUGUAAAGAGCGUUCGUACUGCCGCUAAGCCCAUCGAUAUGGUCAUCGUACGCGAGAACACCGAAGACUUGUACGUAAAGGAGGAGCGCACCAUUGAGCGUCCCGAUAGUGAGGGCGGCAAGUACGCCGAGGCUAUCAAGCGAAUCUCAGAGCGCGCAUCCAGUCGCAUUGCCACUAUGGCUGGCGAGAUCGCUCUUCGCCGUCAGAAGAUCCGCGACUCUUCCUCCUCUUCCUUGUCCAUCCAUUCGCAUCCACUCGUAACCAUAACCCACAAAUCCAACGUUUUAUCCCAAACCGACGGGCUCUUCCGCACCGCAUCGCGCGCCGCUCUGUCCGCACCGCGCUUCGCCUCUGCCAUAACAAUCGAGGAGCAGAUCGUCGAUAGCAUGGUAUACAAGCUAUUCCGUCAGCCCGAAGCCUACGACGUCAUCGUCGCGCCAAACCUAUACGGUGACAUUCUAUCUGAUGGUGCUGCAGCUCUCGUCGGCUCUUUAGGAUUAGUGCCUUCGGCAAACGUAGGCGAGGGUUUCGCAAUCGGCGAGCCGUGCCAUGGUAGUGCGCCCGACAUCGAGGGUAAGGGCAUCGCGAACCCUAUCGCUACUCUACGCAGCACUGCGCUCAUGCUCGAGUUUCUAAAUGAGGAGGAUGCCGCGGCGAGAAUUUACGCUGCCGUCGAUGCUAACCUCGAGGAGGGAAAGUUGUUGACGCCCGACCUGGGUGGUAAGGCUACGACGGAAGAGGUUGUGCAGGAUAUUCUGAAGAAGCUGUAAAUACACAUUGACUCUAUUUCUCAGUGAGGCUGGUCAAGUAUAUAUAGUAAGUUACGAUGAGCGUCUGUCCUGUUGAAUAUGAGGAACAUGAAAAGGAAAUGGGGCCAAAAAAGGAAUCAAGGAGAGCAUACUAAAAGUUAUGAUCUAGACUUAAUGAUACCAAUCAAAAGCUUUCAAAUCGUUAUG